AUGUUGGCAGAGUGUGUUACCCAUGUGCAUUUCGAGCUCGAUAGAUGCUUCCACGUAUCGGGAUUGAUUAGCGCUAACUAGGAUCAAAGAGGGUGUAUGCAACAAAGAAGUAUCGAAAGCGAGAUCAGCUCCCGCUCCUUCCCAACAGCAGAACUACACUUCCCAGCAACCAACGCGAGGGGUGAGCACCGGGGCCUUCGGCCGAAAAGAGGAAUUAUCGCGAGACUCGCUCCCCGGCUGCAGCUUGAAUCUCUGAGCGGGAGAGGAAGAGCUUGCCUGCGUUAGCCGUUCGAGUCUCGCGCCUGCUGACUGGUGGCCGUUGCGCUGUGGGAGAGCCUCGCCUCGAGUGUCCCCAGGCCUCGCUUGUGCGCAACUUAAGAGGCAGCGAGAAAAGCCAUGGCCACUCGGCGGAGCUUGCGUAAGGAGGAGCGGGAGACACCGCAGGGACGGAGGCGGUCUCUGCGGUUGCAGAACAAGAAGGAGAGACCCUUCAGACCCCUGGCCUAUCAAAGACCUGGAGCCUCCAUUUUUACGGAUUUAGCUAGUCCUCGAACUCUAUUCAAGAAGGUCCUGGAAACCCAGCCAAUGGCUUCCCCUCUUGUUCCUGAAAAAGCUGAUUUCCCCAAACCAGUGGAGACAGUAGUCCAACUCCCUUUAGGGAGCGUCCCCUGCAGCAACCUAGAAAUCAGUUUGUCUGACCCUGCUCCCAAGGAUAUAUCUCAGACUGUGCUGCUCAAAACCAGGUCGAAAAAGAAGGUCCGUCUCUCUGCGUUUGAGAGAGCUCUGGAUGAGCAGCUUGCCUCAAACACAACUCAUUCAUUGAUGGACAACACAUCUCGGACAAAGUCCCUUCAGAUCUCUCUUGCAACUCCACCACCAUUGCACUCUGCUGGAAGGAGAGGUUUAGUCCGUAGGCCAAAGAAUUACAGAGGUGUUACCACAAAAGCUUUUGAAGAAGGCAUCAAACAGAACUUGCUGCAAGUCAAAGGCUCACAGAGCUACCUUGUGGCUGCAAGUCUGUUAUCAAAUGACACGGCGACAUGCUCUGGCAACACAGAGUUCUUUGCCCACCCUCAGCUCAGCAGGCAGAGUGGAGCAGGACGUCUUGUUGUUCAUUCUCAGCUUGACUUGACAAGGCAGUCUCUAGGCAGAGGCAGUUUGCCGCCCUCUCUUCAGACACCUUGGCAGGGUGCAGAGUCUGACAUGGAUGUUGAAGGAGUGACACAGAACAAAGGAAACAUAACUCAUUCAUUGUUGGACAACACAUCUCAGACAAAGUCCCUUCAGAUCUCUCUUGCAACUCCACCACCAUUGCACUCUGCUGGGAAGAAAGGUUUAGUCCGUAGGCCAAAGAAUUACAGAGGUGUUACCACAAAAGCUUUUGAAGAAGGCAUCAAACAGAACUUGCUGCAAAUCAAAGGCUCACACAGCUACCUUGUGGCUGCAAGUCUGUUAUCAAAUGACACGGCGACAUGCGCUGCCGACACAGAGUUCUUUGCCCACCCUCAGCUCAGCAGGCAGAGUGGAGCAGGACUUAUUGUUGUUCAUUCUCAGUUUGAUUUGACAAGGCAGUCUCUAGGCAGAGGCAGUUUGCUGCCCUCUCUUCAGACACCCUGGCAGGGUGCAGAAUCUGACAUGGAUGUUGGAGUGAUGCAGAAUGACCAAAAAGAGAUCUUGACCCAAGGCGCUGAAUGUGCUGACGGGAUUCAAGCUGCACCUGUGGAAAAGUCUCUUAGUCCAAUGGAAGAUCAGCGAGGGUAUCAGCAGGAUACUGAGGGAAGAUUGAUACACAGUCAUCUUAAGGAGAUGCUAAUGCCAAGCACUGAACAUACUGGUGGGUUGGAAGCUGUGCCCCAGGAAAAGGCUGUCGCUCCCAAAAGAGAGCAGCUAGAGAACCUGCAUGGGAACAGUGGUAUGGAACAAAUAAGUUCUGGAGAGCAUCUGAUCACUGCCCCAGUAAGAUCAUCCACACCAACUGAUGCCGAAGUCCUAGAAGCACAUCCAGUCCACCUGGCAUCUCCUUUAUCGAAUGAGAGGUCUGCCAAGCUUUCAGUGAAAGCAAUGGUGGCACACAUAAUCAAGGAGUUGGACAGGAGUGUGCUUCCAGUUGUUGUGAACCAGGGUGUAUCAAAGACCAGCACGGAGGAAGAAUCUUUCCCCACUGAAAAGGAUAUUUGGAGCCCCCAAAGGAAUGGAGCUAGAACUUCAGGCAGACAUGCAAAUCAAAAGAAUCCUGAGCAGUUGGAGAGGCCACCCACAAAGGAAGUGGAAGAUGGAGCACCUCAAGAAAAAAUAUUAGGAGUAGAAACUGAGGACCACAUGGUUUCAGAAGCUGAAAUGGAUUCUGAAGUUGAGGAGAUGUCAGAGGAUGAAACAGAUCCUGAGAAUGUUGAGCUAUUUGGAAAGACACCAACAUUUGUACGUGCUAGAGCCUUCCCAUGUACACCAUUGCUGUCUACUCCACAUGCUUCGAAAAUGACAGCCUCCAGGUCUUCAAAACAGCCUGCAAUCAAGCAGGCUUCAAAGACAGCUGAGAGGGCACACAGAGGAAAACGUGAGCCAGCACUCCCCAGGAACUUUGUAAAAAAUAUGUUCGGCCACUAUGCAAGGAUGCCAGUGGCCAAGGAUGCAUUCAAGGCUGUGGAGAGUUGUGUGAACCUGUACUUCAAGCACCUGAGUGACGACUUGGAAGUCUAUGCAAAUCACGCCGGAAGAAAAACUAUAGAACCAGCUGAUCUGGAGCUUCUCAUGAGGCGGCAAGGACUGGUAACUGACAAGAUGCCUUUAAAUGUGCUGAUAGAGCGUUACAUGCCUCUGGAGUACAGGAAACUGCUAAUUCCUGUUGCCACUAGCGGAAAUAAAGUGAUCCCUCCCAAGCCCCGAUGAAAUGCUAGUGAAAAACCGUGAUGCUGGAGACUACCUGUCCUUAAUAUGGGGAAAGGAACACAAUUCCAUAAACACCUUUGGAGGAUCUAAACAUGAGCACAGACAGUCCUGCCAGCAAGUUCUUAGUACUUUAAGACACUAUGGGAAUAUCUCAGUUAUGAAUAAAAUCUGUAUUUGCUGAACUCUACCUUGAUUUUCUGUGGCACAAAGCUGUGCUGUUCCUACUCUGUGGUUGUAAAUAAAAUGAUGUUUUGUAGAGCACAA